GGAGGGCGGGGCCAGGAGACUCAGCCAAUGGGAGGCGGCGUUGUUGGCGGCCACGGCGGCGCACUCCCGGAGCGAGCGAAACCCAGACGGCCGCCGCCACUGCCGCAGGAGGCGUGAGGAGAUAAAAACAUUCAGAUGGCAGAUAACAGUUUUUCAGAUGGGGUUCCUUCAGAUUCCUUGGAAGCUGCUAAAAAUGCAAGUAAUACAGAAAAGCUCGCAGACCAGGUGAUGCAGAAUCCUCAAGUUUUGGCAGCUUUACAGGAACGACUUGACAGUGUCUCCCACACUCCUUCGAGCUACAUCGAGACUUUACCUAAAGCAGUAAAAAGAAGAAUCAACGCACUGAAACAGCUUCAGGUGAAAUGUGCUCAUAUAGAAGCCAAGUUCUAUGAAGAAGUUCAUGACUUAGAAAGGAAGUAUGCAGCAUUAUACCAGCCUCUCUUUGACAAGAGAAGGGAAUUCAUCACUGGUGACGCCGAGCCGACAGACGCAGAAUCCGAAUGGCACAGUGAGAGCGAAGAGGAGGACAAAUUGGCCGGAGACAUAAAAAAUAAAGCAGUCAUAGCGGAAAAAGAAGCAGCAGCAGCAGAAGAGCCAAACCCAAAAGGAAUUCCAGAGUUCUGGUUUACCAUCUUCAGAAAUGUAGAUAUGCUAAGUGAAUUAGUUCAGGAAUAUGAUGAGCCAAUCCUGAAGCACCUGCAGGACAUCAAAGUGAAAUUUUCAGACCCUGGACAGCCUAUGUCUUUUGUAUUAGAGUUCCACUUUGAAUCCAACGACUACUUUACCAAUUCAGUCCUGACAAAAACGUACAAGAUGAAGUCAGAGCCAGAUAAGGCCGAUCCCUUUUCCUUUGAAGGUCCUGAAAUAGUUGACUGUGACGGGUGUACCAUUGACUGGAAGAAAGGAAAAAAUGUAACAGUCAAAACCAUCAAGAAAAAGCAGAAACAUAAGGGCCGAGGCACCGUCAGAACAAUCACCAAACAAGUCCCCAACGAUUCCUUUUUCAACUUCUUCAGUCCGCUGAAAGCAUCAGGGGAUGGAGAAUCACUGGAUGAAGACUCCGAAUUCACGUUAGCCUCCGACUUUGAGAUUGGACACUUCUUCCGUGAGCGGAUCGUGCCGCGCGCCGUGCUCUACUUCACGGGGGAGGCCAUAGAGGACGACGACAACUUUGAAGAAGGUGAGGAAGGAGAGGAGGAGGAAUUAGAAGGUGAUGAGGAGGGAGAAGAUGAGGACGAUGCCGAAAUUAACCCCAAGGUGUAAUUUUUGUCUGUUAAUCAUUCAUACGUUUCUAGAAGGAGCCCAGCCAGCCCUCGGAGUGCAAGCAGCAGUGAGGCGCCGCUCGCUCGUGUGGACAAGUGCUUACGCCUAACUUGUUUUCAAGUGCAUGAUUUUCACUUUAACUUCUCCUUUUACUUUAUUAUUUUGCUUAACCUGUACAGUGGCAACUCAGAUGCAUUUCAGAAACAGGAGGUUUAAUUCCAGCAGCACGCUCUACGGCCUUGGGCGCAGCUCAGUGGACCCGCCCAGCCCUGCCUUAGGGAGGGCCUCGCAGACCGCUGGGGCGGUGGGGUGGGGGCGGAUCACUUGACGCCGGGGGCCGUGUCCAGGGCGCAGUUCCAAGGCGUGUAGAUCCAGUUCACCCCUCCCGCCAUCAGACGGGAUUCCUGUUUCUUUGGAAGAAACCCACAUGCAGUUUCCAGUUGUCUCGGGAGAGCCGGCCGGGGUUGGCACUCACCCCACUCGCCCUUUGGCUUUAUUUUCCUCGGGGCUGGGGUGAGGGUCGCGGCGCCCACUGAGCCUGAGGCGCGAGCUUGUGUGAUUCAUCUCGUAUUUAUUUCUCUCUCACGCUUGUGAGGGCUUGGGACGUGAGCUGUCCUUCGAAUUUCUGAGACCCUGUGGGCACCAGAGACCCGGUGCCCCGAGCAAGAGUUGGUCCGCCCGCAUGGAAGAAGGCCUCCCUCCCGCCAGCCGUGGGCCAGGGCUGGCUCUCGGGACACACGGACCACGCUUGGCGCUGAGGACGGGGGUGGGGUGGGGCUAUGGGCAGAGCCAGGGUUUGCCAGGCUUCGCGGGGAGGGGCUCGGGCAGGAGAGUACAGCUUUCCCACGUAGUGUGUAAAAUGUCUUGCUUUCUCGGUAGCUCCCGUUUCUCAGCCUCACAUUCACCUUGUCUUAAAAGCCCUGGGUUCCGAGCGACCCGUUCUUGGCUGGAAUGUGGGUGUCGAGUGUGUGACCUCUGGCCCCAGGGGCAUCCACGCUGUGGCCAGGCUGUAGACUGCUCAGCCUUACUUAUGAUACGUUUGUAACUGAAUACAGUGUUUUCAAUUUGUACAGACUAGUUAGAAUAUUCUAUUAAAGUUGUGAACUGCGA